CCUGGAGACCGACAGGCCCGCCCGCCGCGCCCGCCACCGCCGCCGCCGCCGCCGCUGCCGCCCCAGCCCCAAACCAUGAAGUGGAUGUUCAAGGAGGACCACGCGCUGGAGCAUCGGUGCGUAGAGUCCGCCAAGAUCCGGGCCAAGUACCCCGACCGCGUCCCGGUGAUAGUUGAAAAGGUUUCUGGCUCUCAGAUUGUGGACAUUGACAAGAGGAAGUACCUUGUUCCCUCCGACAUUACUGUGGCUCAGUUCAUGUGGAUCAUCAGGAAGCGGAUCCAGUUGCCCUCUGAGAAAGCAAUAUUUCUCUUUGUAGACAAGACUGUCCCGCAGUCUAGCUUAACCAUGGGACAGCUUUAUGAGAAGGAGAAGGAUGAGGACGGCUUCUUGUACGUGGCUUACAGUGGAGAAAACACGUUUGGUUUCUGAGUUCAUCUCCUUCCUGCUAUUUUGUAAAUAGCCUCUUGUUCUUCAUCAUGACCCUGAGGCACAUCUUUCAUUUGUCACUGGGUUGAUUAAUAUAUUGAUAGGUUUUUGUUUGUUAGCCUAGUAAUUUAUAAACUUUUUUUUUCCAUUGCACAUGUAGCCAUAGCUGUAAAUUACAUUGUAUCCUUCCUCUGGGAUACAUUUAAUGGCAUUAUUCAAAUACGGAUGCAACCGUAGAUAAGGAUUUAAAAAUGAUGGGAGAGGGAUUUUGAAAUUAAUAUUUGCAUAAUAAUAACCACCGUUUCAUAGAAAUGGCAGCUUCUGUAAUACCCUUAAGAGUUUAAGGAUGCUGAUAUGUUUAUCUUGGUUAGCGUGUUGCUUUUAUUGAAUUUUGCUUAAGAAAGCAACAAUUAAAGUUACUGUCACAAAAAUUUUGCAA